UUUUUACCGCGAAAUGUCCCAAAAAUCAAAAUGCCAGCGUAAAAUCAAGAUCUAAUCUGCCGCCCAAAUCACUGAAUACUAAAAGCCCUUGGAGCUCUCUCUCUAAUCUCUAUCUAUCUUUCCAGAGGAAAAAAAAUAAAAUCAAAACAGCACCAAAAUCCUUGAAAGAGAGAGAGAGAGAGAAUGGGAAAAAGAGUGAGCCCAGAUGCAAUAGCAGCUUUGCUUUCGAACCCCAAGCCAGACUCAAUCUCUGAUAUACCUGAGAUUAUUGUGCAGAUUACCAAUCUUGAACCUAAAGGCAAAUCUUAUGGAUUUGAUGCCAAUGAUGGAAAAAGGAAAAUAAAAGCAAUAUUCAACUCACGUUUGUCGACUGAGAUCAUAUCUGGGAACAUUCAAAACCUGGGUCUUAUCCGCAUUCUUGACUAUACUGUCAAUGAAAUUCCCAGCAAAUCUGAAAAUUAUCUGAUCAUAACAAAAUGUGAGGUGGUGUCUCCUGCACUUGAAAUGGAGAUCAAAGAUGAGGCUAAAACCGAAGAAGCAGCCAUAACAUUGAAGCCAAAGCAAGAAACUCAAGUUAUUAAACAAGAAGUUAGUGGUGGCAUUCUCUUAAAGCCAAAACAAGAAAUGGUUGCAAAAUCAGCUGCUCAGAUAGUACACGAACAGCAUAAAAAUAUGGCUCCUACUGCACGGAUGGCAAUGACAAGAAGAGUGCACCCGCUUGUUUCCCUAAAUCCUUAUCAAGGAAAUUGGACUAUCAAGGUCCGCGUAACAAGCAAAGGGAAUAUGCGCACUUACAAGAACGCAAGAGGCGAAGGAUGUGUUUUCAAUGUUGAGUUAACAGAUGAAGAUGGUACACAAAUACAAGCAACAAUGUUCAAUGAGGCCGCAAGGAAAUUUUAUGACAAGUUUCAGUUAGGGAAGGUUUACUAUAUAUCAAAAGGAAGCCUUAAAGUUGCUAACAAGCAAUUCAGGACUGUCCAGAAUGAUUAUGAAAUGAACUUAAAUGAGAAUUCUCAAGUAGAAGAGGCCAGUGAUGAAGCUGCUUUUAUCCCUGAAACAAAAUUCAAUUUUGUCCCAAUUGAUCAAUUGGGUCCUUAUGUUAGUACAAACGAGCUUGUUGAUGUUAUUGGAGUCGUUCAAAGCGUUUCUCCUACAAUGAGCAUCCGAAGAAAGAGCAACAAUGAUAUUGUCCCCAAGCGCGACAUAACUAUUGCAGAUGAGACAAAGAAGACAGUAGUGGUUUCGCUAUGGAAUGAUCUUGCAACUGAUGUGGGGCAAGAAUUACUUGAUAUGGCUGAUAAGUCCCCUGUAGUUGCAAUCAAAGCUCUUAAAGUUGGAGAUUUUCAGGGUGUAUCCUUGUCUACAUUGGGAAGAAGCAUAAUACAAGUUAAUCCAGAUACUCCUGAAUCAAAGAAGCUGAAAAGCUGGUUUGAUUCUGAAGGUAAAGAAACUUCCUUGGCCUCCGUCGGUGCUGGUUUAAGCCCUUCAACCAAGAGUGGAGGGGGGUCUAUGUACUCUGACAGAGUAUCAAUUUCUCACAUUACAAGCAAUCCAUCCUUGGGUAGUGAUAAGCCUGCAUUCUUUAGCAUUAGAGCAUAUAUAAGUUUCAUCAAGCCUGACCAGAGUAUGUGGUACCGGGCAUGCAAGACUUGCAAUAAGAAAGUGACUGAAGCUAUUGGAGGUGGAUAUUGGUGCGAAGGAUGCCAGAAAAAUGAUGCUGAGUGUAGUUUAAGGUAUAUUAUGGUGGUUAAAGUCUCUGAUGCAAGUGGUGAAGGUUGGGUUUCUGCAUUCAAUAAUGAAGGAGAGAGGAUCAUUGGCUGCUCCGCUGAUGAGCUUGAUAAACUGAAAUCACAGGAAGAUGGGAAUUCAUACGAACUGAAAUUGAAAGAAGCCACUUGGAGUCCUCAUCUUUUCAGGGUCAGUGUAGCACAGAAUGAGUAUAAUAAUGAGAAGAGGCAAAGGAUAACAGUCAGGGCUGUUGCUCCACUUGAUUUUGCUGCUGAAUCCAGAUUUUUGCUAGAAGAAAUCUCUAAGAUAAAAGGUUCUCAAUAGGAUAGCUUUUCUGAUUUGUUCUUCGAAAGGUUUUUGGGCAAAAUACUCAAUCCUGUGUCCAGAGAUGCCAGUUUAUUUAUAGAAGAGGGGGUAGGUUUACCUCAGAUUGUUGGUUCUCCAAACAAUUGCUUGUAAUAUAUAUGAUCUAGGCCUUCUAAAUAUAAUUGAUGUCCUCUUUGGCUUCAAAUUCAA